UCUGUUUCAUCUCAACACUCGCUCGUCCCUCACGCGGCAGAAUCUCUUCGCAUCAUCAUCAUCACCCGCCCCGUCUACUCGCGCUCCCGAGCAGCGGUGCACCGCUGUGGCGGAGUCCUUGACGGGGACGAGUACCAGGCUAAACCUGACAAACACUCAUGAAGGCAUCCUGAAUUUCGCCGGAAGGCGGCAACCAGGCUGGCUGCAGCUGAGCUUUUAAAGCUGUGUUGAGACAGAGGAAGAGAGAGAGAGAGAUCCAGCCGAAAAGAAGAAGAAGUGUAAAGGGUGACGGAUACUGACUCCAUGUCUUCGCCUUCACAUAAAAGAUCUGGUUCUGGAUCACGCAAUUUUGACUAUUGCAGGUUUAUAGAGCUAGACUACACACCCAUGGAGUCAGGCAUUAUGGUCUCUAUGAGACAGAGCAGAGGAUUUCUGACACCAAAGUCCCCGGAACGUCACUGUCGACGCAGUCCAGCACCUGUCAGUAACCGCGAUCCCUAUGGGAAUGCCUCUCACAGCAGCAGCAGCAAUUCAGGGUCAUGCAAGGGCAGUGAUGGAAGCCCAACCCAUAGGCGUCACUUAAAACACACCUCGUGCAAUGAUAACCACGGUAUCCGACCCCCUCCACCAGAGCAAUACCUAACCCCUCUGCAACAGAAAGAGGUGUGUAUCAGACACCUGAGAGCAAAACUCAAAGAGACCAUCGACAGACUGCAGGACAGGGACACUGAAAUCGAUGAGUUGCGUACUCAGCUGUCUCGUAUGCAGGAGGAUUGGAUCGAAGAAGAGUGCCAUCGUGUGGAGGCUCAGCUGGCUUUGAAAGAGGCUCGUAGGGAGAUCCAGCAGCUCAAACAGGUCGUCGAUGUUGUUCGAUCCAGUCUGGGAGACACCGACACAGGUGUGCAGCAGUGCUUCCAAGACAUCAACCUUCAGAACCACAAGCUGGAGACUUUAUUGCAGAACAUGGAGCUGGCUCAGAUCGGGACUGCCAAGGCAGGUGGAGGAUUGGUGGGGGCAGGGCUGGAGGUCAACGAGGGUCUGGCGGGGUCGUCCGAAGGCUCCCCAGCUCGCUCGUUAACCCGCAGCUCUACCUACACCAAGCUGAGCGACCAGGCCGGCCCAGAACAUUGCGGCAAUGAAAACGAGUGUGACGUUCCGUGUUUGUCAGGCGAGGGCACGCAAGACAGCGGGUUUGUUUGCUGCGGAGAGAGCGGAAGAGGAGCCAGCAAGGCGGACCUGCUCCUUGAGGCUGCUUUUCUGUCUCAAGAGACAGCCUCGCUGCUUGAGGCGUACUCCCGCCUGCCACACUCCUCCACCUAUGAGGGACUGUGCAACAGCGAGUCCAGAGUAGUGCCGCUCCGUUGCGGCGGGAUCGGGACAGGGCCCAGCAUCAGUGCAAGUCACCCCUGUCUAUCGCAUCAUCACCUAUACCUGCACCACCUGCGUGAGCAAGCUAUUCAAACCGACUACGACCACGCUCCUGCCUCAGCCCCUGCUCACGGACCCAGCACUUCUUUUAACUCCGAUCUGGACACUAUUGCCGAGCGCACCUUUCGUUCUCAGGCCUGCAGCCCGACCUCCACCUGGAUGUCUGAUGAGGGAGACGACCUGGAGUCGGUAGCCACAGAAACAGUUGCCAUGGCAUCAAUCAUCAUGGACCCUGUUUCCACUGCAUCAUCGGGUGUUGCAACAAAGCAUUUGGCACAAUCCGAAUCCUGCAUGAAAGAAACUGCGAGUUUAGAACUGAAUGCCACAGAGCUGUUUGACACAGACUGCGCCAUGCCAGUUUCACCAGUUUCAGCUUUGAUACCAGAUAACACUGCAUCCCCAGUAAGCAACUCUGCUCCAUCUGAGCCCAAUAGAGAUCCUUUGCCAAGUCCUGGCUCUUGUUCUAACCAUCCAUUGGAUGAAAAUAAAGAGGAGACCCUCCCACAAACCACUCAGCCUCGUAGUGCAUUAUCAGAAGCAGGGGAUACAGAAGAUCAUGUUGUAAAUAUAGACGGUGAAGAAGGUGAAGAAGAGGUGGAUGAGUGUGCUACAGACGAAGAGUCAUCCAGAUGUGGUUUACCAGUGAAGAACUACUGGAGUCGCCACUUUCUAGUAGAUCUGCUUGCGGUGGUUGUGCCAGUUGUGCCCACUGUGGCUUGGUUAUGUCGGGGGGCGUACCGCGGGGGUCAACCAAUGUACCAUAUUGGUUCUCUGCUGCGAGGUUGCUGCACCGUGGCCCUUCAUUCUCUACGACGAGGGGGAGGUCUUCGGCACUACCCUGCAGGAGGAGGGGGUCCAGGAGGUAUGAAUAUUUGAAACCUACACUUUGGGAACCACUGAAACAUUGUUCCUGUAUCAAAUGUGCAAUGUAAAGGCUGGUGAAACAAUCCAAGGAAUUGAAGCAGAACCAGUGGACGGAUGGAGGCUGGACACAGCACCUCAGUUUAGUAAUAAGUGCCGUAUCUAAGAGUUGUGGUUGUCUAUACACUUCUCAAGUUCGGAAAGAAGAGUGAAUGGGAAUGGGGACUCGGUAGCAUGUAUUUACAACUACAAAAUGCCCUAAAAGUUCAACACUGGAGCUUUCAGCUUUCCCCAGCAUUGCAACCCAGAGUAAUGAGACG